CUCCUGACUAAGAUGUGUUAAUAAACUGAACGCUAUAUAAAAGCGUACAUUUCCUCAGUAGCAACAGUUGAAAAAAUAAAGUGCAAGAAUCAUUAAUCAUGUCUCGCGCUAGUUUCGCAUUGCUUAUACUCGGACUGCUUAUGAUCGACGUGAUUUCCAGCACGAUUACUGUACGAAAAUACUGCAAGAAAAACGAAGAGGUUACCACUUGCGGAUCGGCAUGUCCACCAUCUUGCGAGUCGCCUAAGCCACACUGCGUUAAGAAAUGCGUGACAGGAUGCCAAUGCAAACAAGGAUAUCUGCGCAAUUUCAAUGGACAAUGUGUGCUCCCUGCAGAAUGCGAUGCUACUAAAGGUGCAGUUAAUAAAACCGUUACUAAAGGGCCAAAAAAAUUGGUCUAACGUCUCGAGAUUUUUACAAAAAUUCUAACUAAACGUCAUGUUUUGCAAAAUGCCAACAUUAACUUGUAUUAGAUGCAAUUUAACAUAAUUAUUGUUUGCUUAUAUCUUUACUAAUUAAUGACAAACAAAUAAAAGAUUAUCAACAUAAAUAUUGUAUUUCUCUGUAUUAAUAUAUCUAUUAUACUUAUUUUUUGUGAACUUAAAAUGAUUAAAAACGCUUAAAUGAUUAAAAAUGAUUAAAUAUCGUAUAGUAACAAUCUUUCCAAAUAUAAAAAGGAAAUAGUUAUAAAGUGCAUGCGCGUGUGCAGUAAAUUAUUUUUAUGACAAACAUUUAUUACUGCAAUAAAUUAUUUGUUUUUUUUUUUAAAUAAAAUUAUGUAAAUGUUGCUUAAGUCAGUGCGAACACAAAUAAAUUCUAUAAAUCUGUCUUGAAUAAAAAUAUUUUUACGUAUUCAGUAUAAAAACCACUGUGAAUGUUCAAGAGAAUUAUUUGCGCGAGAAUUAAGCUUUCAAUACUUCACUCUUGUACUCACCUUUCGACAAUAAUAUUUUGCACUAGUGAUACUAGAAAUGUGACGAAUAAGUUGAGAAAUUUUAUAAAACAGCGGAUAAAAAAUACAAUCAUUUGUUUGAUCGAAAUAAUGACGGAAUGCGUAAGAAAUUCUGGACUUUGUAAUUCUGGACUUGCUGAUUCAAUUGUAUCCAUAAUGAAUGUUUAAGUAUUACUAAUUUAAGAUGUCAGUUUUUUCUUUCUUCGUUUUUCUUUUGUAGAAAUGUGCACUUCAAUCUAAAUAUAUACAAUGUUUGUGUAACAUCAUAUGAUGAUGGAACAUAUGUAUCUUAUGAUUAAUAUUGAAAUGACAGUUACGGAAAAUUCGAACAAUUUACAGCAAAUACGCUAAAUAAGAUACUGAUUUUAUUUUUUAGAUUAUAUACAAAAAAUAAUCAUAUAUGUAUGUAUCUUAAUAAAUGAGCUCUUUUAUCGUA